AUUUUCUGUCAUCGCCAACCAGCUCCAGUUCAGAGGGUAUUCCAUUUACUUAAUGACUUAUUCUUAUGUCGAGUUCAAAUAUAUCUGAAAUCUGUGAGAAUUGGCCCUUUUUUUUGUUCAGCAUUUAGAAAACACACCGUAGUUGGCAUGUAA